AUGCCGCUCGCCUCACCAACACCAAGCUAUCCCCCCCUUCCACUUGGGCCCGAGAUCGCCUGCAUUUCGGUCGCGAAACUAGCCAAAGACGAUGCCAUACCUGUCGAAAAAGCACGAGUAUCCGCUUGUCAGCUUGUCGCAUCGUACAAUUGGCUCGACAAACCCAAACCUACGAUCAUCACCCCCGGCUUGCCUCCUCGGUGGAAUCCCCCUUCCGAGCCUCCCCAACUCAAGGAAGAUUCAGGGGUCUUCUACCGAGAUCGUAAUGCCAGUCGCUUGCCCUUGCACCCGAUGGAGCCAGCCAUCGAGUCCAUCCUUCUUACACGGCCAUCUUUCGCCGUCGUCUCGUCGACGCCCAUCGACAUCGUCGCGUGCGGCAGCACCCUGGGCAACCUCCUCCGCUUUACGAGUGGCGACGGUUACCUGUCCGCGCUCGCAGGCGAAGCGGCAGCCACAAGGGCCGGGCCAGCCAGUCUGGCUGCCGAGGAGUCGACAACAGUCGCCUCAGGGCACUCGCCCGUGGAGGACCUAGCUGCGAGCCUCUCAGCAGAAGCCAUCUCUCCCGCCAUUCCCGUAGAUGGACCUCUUACCGUCAAAUCAGCCGGCCGAGCCAUCCCCCAAAGGGCACUGUUUGAUCUCAAAACUCGUUCCAUCAAGAGCAUCGAUGUGGACCAUCUCGCCAAAGAGCUGCCCCGCCUCUACCUGUCCCAGACGCCAAACUUCAUCCUUGCACACCACAUGAGUGGUGUCUUCAAGAAGAUAACCAUUUUCGACGUCCGUUCUCGCCUUUCCGAGUGGGAGGCUGCGUCUGCAGAGCCUUUGGGACUCCUUACCGUGCUGCUGCGUCGGGUGCUCGUCCUCGCCCGCGAGAGACACGAUGGGAGACUCGAGCUCACGCGCGGCGAAGGAGAAACGGCCAUACACGUGAGGGAACAGACGCCUGGGCUGCCGGGCGUGCUGUCCUCUGGUUGCGAGGCACGAUGGAAGGCCUGGCUGGCCGGCGACGGCGAUGACAGCGGAAUCGAGAAAAAAGAUAACGCUCACGGGGCGGAUGAUGAGGAGGUUGACUUAAGCUGGGUUGAGAAUGACGACGACUUCACUGCAUGCACAGAGAGUUGUGGAUACUGCGGUUAUUGUACAUAUUAG